UUGUCAAUGGAGGGAAAUGCAAAGAAUGCGAGGCUCCUUACGAACAGGCAACUUGAUGAAAUUAGAAGCUGCCUUCCUCUCCGCGUACGAUGGCUGUGCUGGGCUUUAAAGUCAGGCACCUCUUUAGUACUGAAAAGCGACGGCACUGUUAACAGGCGUCUGGCAGCGUGGCUUCUAUGGUGCCUCAUGCCCUCUAUGCCCGCCGACAUUUUGCCCAAACGUGGAGUAUAUACCAAAGACACCGUUAUCGACCACGUUAACGGCGUCUGGGUCCGUCUGUUUGUUCCAGUAACAGAAAACGGCAAUGAAAGGGAGGUGCUGCCGGUGGUGGUGUAUUUUCAUGGCUGCGGCUUCUGUGUCUUGUCCGCCGCCCAACAAUUGUAUGAUGUGUUUUGCCGGCGGCUGGCCAAACGACGGCGGGUUGUGGUGGUGUCGGUGGAGUACAGGCUGGCACCCGAGCACAAGUUCCCCGCCGCUUACGACUGCUUUGCAGCGCUGACGUGGCUUAACAGCGACGCUGGUAGAAGUUUCUUGCCUCGCUACGCUGACGUGUAGCGUUGCUUUCUGAUGGGAGAUAGCGCGGAAGGAAACAUUGUCCACCACGUCGGAUGCCGCGUGGCAGGUUACAUAGAUGAUCUGCACCCUUUGAGAAUUGUGGGCCACGUGCUCAUUUAGGCCUUUUUUGGCGGCGAAGAAAGAACGGUUUCAGAGAUAAACCUAACGAAUGUGCUGAUGAGUAGAUUGGAGUAUAGCGACUGGUUUUGGCGGGCAUUUUUGCCAGCGGGAGCGAGCAGGGACCAUCCUGCUGCUAAUUUGAUGGGUCUGAAUUCUUCUGAUAUUUCAGCGGUGCAGGUGCCGCCAAGUUUGGUGGUGAUUGGUGGGAUGGAUAACCUUCGGGAUCGACAGCUGCAAUAUAUGGAGCAUUUGAAGAAGAUGAAGGUGGAGCUUCUCUUCUACGAAGCUGCCUUUCAUGGCUUUUUCGCCAUGUCUUAUCCUUUGUCUUCUCAGUUCCUGGAUGACAUUUCCAUUUUUAUGAAUAGUAAAUAAUUUCAAGCA